AGAAGACUUGGAGGCAGACAUAGCUUCUUCGCAAAUAGAUAAAUGGGUGUUCAAGUUGAGAAUGCUUUGAUGUUAUUGAUGCUUAUUGUUUCAAGGAGAUUACUAGUAGUGACAAUGGCAAGGGGGCAGCUGGACACUGCUGAACCCGAAGAGAUUGCGCACGAUGAAUGUCUGGGUACGUCUCCUUUUAUACACAGAACACCAUACUUCGUAAGUACAGUGUCAUACUCAUUUAUUUCAGCUCAUUGCACUUCUUACAAACACAUAUCAACCAUGCAUUAUUAUAAUGAAAGCCACCUGAACCUGAUGUUGAUGGACUUUUACCUUCCAAUUCCACUUGAUGAACUCCAUCAGAUUGAUAGCUUUUCUUCUUUUUUCCUCUUUUUUGUUUUUUUUUUUUUAAAAAAAAAACUUUGUAGCACUACUAACCUUAAAACCUUAUUGGGUUUCCUUUCUAACUUUUUGGUAUCCAAGUAAGAUGAGUAAAAAAAUAUGAAAAAGAAUUAUGACAAAUAGUCAUUAAGAAACAUAGUAUAGGAUCAUAUGUAUUUAUGUAACACCUGUCACAUCUGAAUCUAUGUUUACUCAUUGCUGCUUCCUAGAUUUACAUAUGUUAAAUAUUGUCUUGCUGUGUUAGAAAUCAUAUUGUACCGUGUUCUAUGAUUGAUUGUCAAUAGCAUCUGAUUUUCUUUAUUUCACUAUUCCUGAGAUCCAAAAUUGUUACACAAUCCAAUGUUGUUGGUUAGUCAUAUUAUUGGAUGCCUGAGCUUAAACAAUCCCAUUUUGGUGGUCAUCGAUUAUGCAGAAUUGAUGUGGCUUUGGCUUUUUCAUCUUGCCAAUGCGACGUUUAGAUGUGUGUUGCAUUGUUGCCCCAUCUCCACUAAAACUAGCCCCCUCUCCCUUUCUGUUUUUGCUGCUAAAAAUUAGUAAGAGUCAUUGAUUGGAUUCUUGUGUUCUAGAAUAUCCCUUCUGUACCUUCCUUUUUGGAGUCUGCAAGUACAUGUAUUACCUAGCUAAAAGCAGAGGAUCUACCUAGUAUUGAUAGGUUGCCAAAAGAAUUGUCCCUUCUGUACCUAGAAUGGCCUUGUUGUACUGUUUCUUUCUUUCAUUUUCUCUUAACAUGAUGUUCAUUCUUCUGCGGACAUGAGAUAUUGAUUUUAACAAAAUGGAUCAAUUGGAUGCCUGAAAUUCCAAAAGAAGCUACAAUUGUUCGACUUUCAAGUCAUUUGGUAUAAACCUUGUUAGUAUACGUACGGUGACAGAAGAGUUUUUGUUUGUUAAAGGAUCCAGAGAUUUCCAGGUUUGUAUCCUUCCUCAUGCCAGAAUAAAUUAAGGUUUGUUUUUUUUCACAUGUUUGACUCUUUUCUACUUUUUGUAUUCCAUUUUUAAUGAAGCCUCUCUCUCUCUCUCUCUCUCUCUCUCUCUCUCUCUAUAUAUAUAUAUAUAUAUAUACACACACACAUAUCUAGACACAAUCAAGAGCAUGAUGACAGUGUGCCACCAAAUACUAUUAUCUUAUUCUCUAUCUUCAAAUACACCUGUGGAUGCAUAUAUGAUGGAUAUGAGGGUUUUGUAAUGGGUGACUGGAAGUCUGUAAGGCAUUCUAAUACAUCAAACAAUCAAAACGACUUUAGUUACGGUAUUGAGUUAAGUUAUUGUAGUGUAGUCGUAUAACUGUAGUAUAUAUUGCACAAUUUGUUUGGGGAGAACUGAAUGUAUGAUAAUUUUGUAUAAUAUAUGUCUCACAUAGGAUUAUAAUGCAGUAACCUUAAAGUGACUUGAUUUGAAGCUAAGUCAUUGUAGUCUAGUCCUACGUAUUAUCAUUAGCUUGAAAAUGAAGAAAAAUGUGAUAGGAAAGGAAAGACAAGCUAGAUCAUGGAGUCAAAGACGACCACCUUACACAUCUCUCUCUCUCUCUCUCUCUCUCUCUCUCUCUCUCUCAUGUCCCUCUCCAAACCGUUUCUACCUAGAAACAUCAACCAACCCUUUUUUCUCUAUGUUCUAAGCAAGCCCCACAACCAUCUCCAUCAUCAUCGCCACCAUGAUCAUUUCCCUCUACAUUACGCCCUCCUCUCUCUCUCUCUCUCUCACACACACACACACACUGUGACUUCAUAAAGUCUUAACUAAUCUUUAUCAAGUCCAGUUGGGAUAAAAACAAGCCUAAAUUAGUGUUGAAGAGAUGAGGAAGCCAGAUGUUACUGGGAAGAGCAACAACAACAAUGGAAGUUGCAAGCUUAGGAAGGGUUUAUGGUCACCAGAGGAAGAUGAUAAGCUGAUGAAUUACAUUCUCAACAAUAGAGUGGGUUGUUGGAGUGAUGUGGCCAAAAAUGCUGGGUUGCAGAGGUGUGGAAAGAGUUGCCGGCUCCGGUGGAUCAACUACUUGAGGCCUGAUCUCAAGAGAGGCGCUUUCUCUCCUCAAGAAGAAGAGCUCAUAAUCCAUUUGCAUUCCCUUCUUGGUAACAGGUGGUCUCAAAUUGCGGCACGUUUGCCUGGGCGUACAGAUAAUGAAAUAAAAAACUUUUGGAAUUCAGCAAUCAAGAGAAGAUUGAAGAACAGUACUACUACUCCUACAUCAGCCUCACUAAACAGUACUAUGCCCAUGUACAUGAAUUCCUCCUCUUCAUCGUCAUCAACAAUGCAAAGCCUCAUAAACCAGUCAUGGAUGAUUGACAAUGGUAUGAACAUGUAUGGUACUAGUGGAAACCUCAGCCCACAUCAUCCUCCAUGCAUGGCGCAAGUUGGAGCUGGUUUUAACUGUUUUUAUGGAGAAAAUAAUAAUGGGUUCUUCAAUGGAGGAGGGGAUCAGCUUUAUGUUCCUCCAUUGGAAAGUAUAAGCAUUGAAGAAAGCACUACUGCUAAAACUGCAGAAAGUACAUAUGAGAUCAGCAACAAUAAUAAUGAUAACCUGACUGGGUUUGGGAGUUAUUGGCAGGGCGAGGAUGUGAAAGGGGAGUGGAACUUGGAGGAGUUGAUGAGAGAUGUUUCAUCCCUUCCUUUCCCUGACUUCUCAUCAAGUUAGAGUUAAUGGGUUUCUCUUUCUUCUUUCCUUAUUAUUAUCAAACCCUUUUCAUUUAAACUACCAAAGACCCUAGUGAUCAUUGAAAUACAUAUUCUUGAGGUACCAAGUCAUCUAUCCUUGAAGUUUAUGGCUUCUGAGUCUUUCUUCAUGAAGAAAUUGUGAGAUUUUCAUUUGUAGGUGAGUUUAUGUACAAAGGAUUAUGAAUAAAUUAACGUCCCACUAGAGAAUAUUAUGUAGAGAUUCUUCGAAUGGUACAAGUGGUGGGAUUUACCAAUUCAG